AUGGCGGACUCAGUAUCGGAUAGUCGGCGGCAAACUCCAGAUGUACGCUGGGACCGUGACCGCAGCUGCGACCUUGACCGCAGCUGGGACCGUGACCGUAGCCGCGACCUCGACCGCGGCUGGGACCGUGACUGCAGCUGGGACCGUGACCGUAGCCGUGACCGUGACCGGAGCCGCUGGGACCGUGACCGGAACCGUGACCGUGACCGCAGCUGGGACCGUGACCGCAGCUGGGACCGUGACCGCAUCCGCGACCUUGACCGCAGCUGGGACCGUGACCGCAGCUGGGACCUGACCGGAGCCGUGACCGGAGUCGGGACCGUACCUUCACAGCGAUCCAACUCGCUGGCUCGUUACACGGUGCAGCGGAACAACUCGCUGUUACUUCAGCCUUUCGGGUUCGACUGA